ACUGUUCGAUCUUCACUCUGUGGGUCUGUUCGAGCCCUCAUAUCAUCUCUUCGUUCUCCGCUUUUCCGUCAACAUAGGAAAUCUUCAUUCCUAAUUCACCUUUGUAUCGCUUUAUGCAUAUAUGCAAUUCUCUAUUUUUGGCUUCACGUUGAUCCCCGAGUGUCAACUACAACUGAUCCAGGAACCCUCCAGGCACUUUCAGUUAGUGAAGAUACCUAUUCAUUUCGUGCUAAGCGUUUUAAUGCUUACGUCGUGAAUGAAAGAUUUCGUUCUGGACCGGGAGAGUUUGGACGAGGAGUUGAUGCAGGCAUAUCAGAAUCAGAAAUGCAACGUGUUAACGAUGUUGAUGGCUACAAUAGUCACGCCUGCAAGCAAAUUGCUCUUGAUCGUUCACUUGGAAACCGCCCGGCUAAAGAAUGUCUUGCAAUUAACUAUCCCUUUAAACUUCCAACCGCAAGUGUGAUAAUAGUUUUCUUCAAUGAACCCUUCCGCCUGGUUAUGCGCACUGUAUUUUCUGUAGUCAAUCGAAGCCCGCCGUUCCUGUUGAAGGAGGUUAUACUUGUUGAUGAUGGAAGCACUCAAGAGCUGUUAUUGGGGCAUUUGAGUGACUAUGUUAGGGAGAAUUGGCCAGAUGGAAUUGUGCGAAUAGUUCGUCUUCAAAAACGCACAGGUCUUAUAAGGGCUCGUCUUGAGGGUGCUAAGGCUGCAACAGCUGACGUAGUCGUCUUCCUAGAUGCCCAUUGUGAGGCAACUUACCGUUGGCUGGAGCCCCUACUUUAUCGAAUCCACCAGAAACCUGACGCAGUUGUUGUCCCUGCCAUCGCAAAUAUUGAUCGGUUUACACUAAAGGUGUUCCGGACUGAUGUUAGAUACACCGAGGACGGUUGGCUUAGUCUCCGUGUGGGAUCUUUUGCCUGGGAUGGAAUGUUUAUAUUCGAACACCCACCUCGAAGUGCUGUAACGAAAAGACGAAGCAACACCGAUACUAUCGAAUCAAUCAACAUGCCCGGUGGUCUCUUUGCCAUGCGCCGGGACUACUUUUUUAAACUUGGUGGCUAUGACGAAGGAAUGGAAGUUUGGGGAGGCGAGAACCUAGAACUGUCUUUAAGAAUUUGGCAGUGUGGUGGCUCUCUUGAAUUUUCACCUUGUUCGACUGUUGGACAUGUUUAUCGCGCAAACCACCCCUAUAAAUUUCCUGGCAAUAAGGACUACAACGGGUAUAAUACCGCUAGAGUGGCGGAUGUGUGGAUGGACAUGUAUAUGGAUAAUUUCUAUUUAGCUCGUGGCGAUUUAAAAGGUACUGACCAUGGUGACGUGUCAACACGAAGGCAAAUCAGAAGCGAUCUGCGCUGCAAGAGUUUCCAGUGGUUUCUUGACAAUCCUGCUGCUCACAAGUUUGUCUAUUCUCGAAACAGACUCGGAUAUGGCAGUUGUUGUACUACGGAGGGCCACUGUCUCCUUCGGGGGAACGAUGGAAGCGAGUACCGGAAGCAGACUAUGAGCCUCCUGCUGACCCCUUCCCGAGUGACCGUCCAUUCAUGGGCCACCCUUUUUGCCCUAACUGACACGGGUCUCUUACGAAAGGACUGGAACUGUGUUCGACUCCGUCGAGCUGGUGGCCCGUUGAAUUCCGUCUGGGUUUUCACUCCGCAUAUCGUUGACUUGGAGAUUUGUCCUCUGGAAGAGUUGGAGGAACCUAAGCAAAGGGAGUGGUGGCGUGCUUGGGUUGCUGAUCAGAUGAAAAGGAUCGAACAGCGUCAGAUAAGCCACCCAGAACAAGGCUUUCAGGCUGUGCAAACCACUAAUCAGCGGGGCGCUCACUUCCGAUGGCUUUACGAUAAAAUUCACGGAAAACUCAUCAAUGCACAGACGGGCUACUGCCUAGAUGGGAUUGACGGCCAGAGACCCACCCCAAAGCCCUGCGUUGAUGACGCUCCUUCUCAGUCUUGGCACUUCAGCCACCACGGAUAG